AUGGACCCAUUUGAACGGCUUCCCGCCGAGCUCAUAAACCACAUUCUCCUCUGCGCAUCGGACUUUGUGGGUAUAGAAAGUCUCCUGAUAGCCUCGCCCCGAGUGGAUGCCAUCUUCCAUGAUCGGCCAGGACUAUUAUUUCAAGGGCUGGUGGCAUCGAACACAAUUGCAUCAGCCGCCCCCAUUCAAGAGAUCACCCAGAAAGUGAGGCUUCUCCACAGCCCCCCAUUCAACGUCCACAGUCUAGAGGAAUACAUCCAAUGCACCAACGGUGUUCACCACCAGCCUGAUAUUCAUAGCUAUGGCGCAGAAGUGUUGGAGAUGGUACGCAUUUCUGCCCAGAUCCAACGCCUUGCGUGUAAAUGUCUAUCGACGAUGCAGCAGAACUUCAUUUCCGUCGUCAGUGGCUUGCCAGUGGGAUCUUUGUCUGGAUCAAUUCGUGCCGAAAAGGCAGCCAAACCCUUCUCCUGGGUCGAGGAGUCUAAUAUUUACUGGGCUCUGUGGCAUUUACGACACUAUUCCGACCUGCAUAACUACGGAUCUCGCUUGAAUUGGUCUGAAGAUUCCAUGAAAAGGCUUAAAGAGUACCACACAUGGAACUCCAUCGACUACCUAACUUCUGAAGUCAUUGCCACUGUUGCCGCAGUACUAGCCGACCUGGGUUUCAGUCCAAUUUACUCCUACCCGUACCAGGGUGAAGAUGAGGAAUCUUUACAAGGAGUGUGGUGGUACACAAUGGAGACACCACCACCACUUUUCCUCUCCUUUGAUCUCGAAAGGAGCAUGGAUAUCACAGUUUGGCCUUCACCAUCAACGCCUCGAACCGAUUCAGUGACAGAAGCGUGGCAUCUUGGUCUCGGAUACUGUGGCAAGGCCCCCAGCCAAAUGGCGAUGUAUAAAGAUUGGGCCCGGGUCCUGGCGUAUCAAGGGCCAGAUCAUAACUACACCUUGAUAAGAAUACAACCGUAUCGGAGACUAGGUGUUCUUGUUUGGGAUGUAUGGCGCAUGUAUUCUACGGGGUUGAUGCAGUGGAACAAUGGAGAGCAAACCGAAACGCCCGACGGAGGUUUGACAUAUGUUCAGCAUGUGGCUUUGCGGGAGUGGCAUUCCAGAUGGAUCGCACUUGCCGGGGAUACGUGUUGA